AUGACUGAGCAGAUUUUCUUGGCCUUCUUAGGCUUAGAGACCCCCAGACGGUUUGUGGAGUGGAUUCGGAACUUCCAAAGUAAACCGGAUUUGAAGGUGAAUAGUUUUCUUUGUGGUAGGAGAGAUCCUUUGAGCACCAACGGGGAAGUUGACUUAAAUAGCAAGAAGGUUUACGCCGAACCCAACAUACCCUUCUGGGCACAAUGUGAGUAUCAUUUGCUUCCAUUUCAUGGUGUUGUUCACAUUGGUUACUUCAUCUCCGAUGGAUUUAAUCCUAUUGGAAGAUCUCAUUUGCAAUCAAUAAUACAUUUUUAUGGUUUUAAACUUCAAGUUCAAGAAAGGCUUACAAGGCAGGUAGCAGAAGCAAUUUCUCCACUGCUAGGUGGAGAUGUGAUAGUAGUUGCAGAGGCAAGUCACAUGUGUAUGAUUUCCCGAGGAAUUGAAAAGUUUGGAAGUUACACGUCUACCAUUGCAGUCUUAGGGCGUUUUGCAACCGAUGUAACUGUAAGGGCUUCAUUCUUGAAGACUAUUCCGAGCCAUGCAUCCUGCAGGGCAAUAAUACUUGCUUGAGUUCGCUUUAAAUAAUUUGCAUUAGUUCCACUCAAUAUUUGCAUAUUUGAAAGUUUCAAUGUCAGCAGUGCAGUAGGCAAGACAUGGAUGAAUUCAGAAGAGAUCAUUUAAUGGAUUUUCUUAGAAAAUUUUGAAACUGCUCUCAUUUUGCUUAUGUGACAGAUUUAUAUUCAGAAGUUGUCUGAUUUUAGCAGUCAGAUCUUGAUCAUUCUAAAUAGUAUCUUAUGCUAUACUUGUACUCUAAAUCCCUGGAGAAGAUUUGAAGAGAUUCUUCCAGAUUUUCAUACUGGCAGACUGUACUUCUAGAAUGUUAUUCGUGUUUGUACCCUGAAAUUUUGAUUAUUUCCCUUACAGGUUUUCAUACUAUUGGACUGUACUCCUAGAAGGCUAGAAUGUUAUUCAUGUUUGUACCCUGAAAUUUUUUCUUAAUGUUAUAUAGCUAGAAUAUUUUUACAAAUUUUGAUUAUUUUCUCAAAGUUCACAAAGGAACGAUCUAGGCUUAUUUGUUGUGCACGCAAAUGACUGAGAUUGCAAGUGUGCUAGGAGCCUAGGACAUUGUAAUGGUGGAAUGGACAUAGGCAACAGGUAGAUGGCAUCUACUUGUAUUAACCUGAUCACAAUUAUGCUAAAAAUGGUGUCAAUUAGUUGAAG